AAAGGGAAAGGGGGGAGAAUUAUUCUGUUUGACCCGCAUCGGGUUUUUUUUUUUAAGGGAGGUAACGGAGGCGGCGCGUGCCGCUUUGCUGUUUUUUUUUCUCUAUUUUUUUCCAAAUUAGAAAUCAUUUUAGAAUUUUUUUUCUUUCUCGUGCAGGCCGCGCGCGCUUCACUCCCAGCUCAGCUCUGCGCAGCCGGAUUUGUGGGAAACUGAUGCUUUUCUCCGGUCUCACUCUUAGCCGCAGAGAUCGAGGGGGGGAAAGAGAGAGAAGGCGGGAGGGAGAGGAAAAGGGGACGAGUGUGAAACAAGCUUGAAGCUCUGGACUCCACGAGUGUAGCUGUGGCUGAACCCCAGCAGAGCCAUGAGCACUCAGGAGGUCCCCAACGCCAGCCUGAAGCAGGGCGACACGCCCACCGAGACUCUUUCCGCCCAGGCCGUCCCCGCCGCCUCGCCCAAAACCACUGGCCCUCAGGUGAAGGCCGAGCCCCGGCGCACGCCCACCUCCUCAACCAGCAACGGCAAAGAGAGCGACGGCAGCCUUCCUGCAGAGAUCUGCGUGGUCAUCGGGAGCCCUCGCAACUCCCAAACACAGGGCUCCUACGUCUGCAGAGUGUGUGGGAAGAAGUACAAGUAUUACAACUGCUUUCAGACGCACGUCCGUGCCCACAGAGAGUCGGAGAGCACCGUGCCCACGGAAGCGACGCCUCACGGCCCAAACAAUGCUUUCCGUUACACUUGUGAUAUCUGUGGGAAGAAGUAUAAAUACUACAGCUGCUUCCAGGAGCACAGAGAGCUGCACGCAGUCGAUGAUCCCUACGAUCAUGUGAUUCCUGUAGAGGAACCGAAGGAAGAGAUCGAACCGUAUCAGAAAAUUGGACCAAGUAAAAAAACGGGAAGCUACACGUGUGAAUUCUGUGGAAAACAAUACAAAUACUUCAACCCUUAUCAGGAGCACGUGGCCCUUCAUACUCCAAUGAAAAGCUCAUUCGGACUGAAAAUUGACGGUAAAACCUCAGUGCAGCCGAGCCGCGGAGACGCCAACAGCUCCCAGAGCUCGAGCGAUGCUACGAGCCCGAUGGUGGCCAGCGCCUUCCCUGCAUCGCAGAAGGCCUACACGUGCGGAUCCUGCGGCAUUCAGUUCCAGUUCUACAGCAACCUCAUGGAGCACAUGCAGUCGCACGCCGCGGAUAAUGAGAAUCACACUAAAGAGGACACGGCUAAAGCAUGCCAAGCCCCUGCACCUUCUCAGGAGCAGACGUGGAAAUCGCCUCAGCCUGCUCAGAGGAACCACGUCCCAUCUUCAUACCAGAACAGAUUGCUUCCAGAGAAGGAACGGCAACAGGUUGCUGAGCGCUUGCUGCGCAUGAUGUGUACCGAUUUGGGUCUACUUGGUGUACUCAGCAGCAAGGACUUCCUUAAGCUGGCCCAAACUCUAGUGGAUACAGGCUCCCGUCAUGGUGCUUAUUCCAUCCGCGAUGCUCUUGGAGACAUGAGCACUUUAGCUCUGAAGCAGCUUCCCCGCAUGUACAACCAGGUCAAAGUGAAAGUGACGUGUGCGCUCGGAUCAAACUCCUCCUUAGGCAUUGCUGUGACCUGCCAUUCACAGACUAUUGGUCUUGAUUCUUGCUACGUGCUAACAGCGUAUCAGGUCGAGGGAGUCCGGCUUCGACGUUAUGUGCUAGGAAUUAAAGAGGCUUCUAUAAGGGAGGGUCCUGAGCAUGUCCAUCACUGGGUCCAGAAUGUCCUUUCGGAGUUCGUCAUGUCAGAAAUUCGCACGGUCUACGUUACAGAGCCGCGUUUGUCACUGUUACCUAGUUGCGGCAGGUCCAGUCUUAGCUUGCGGUGUGCUGGAUGCUCUCUGUCGGCCACUAUUCAGGCCGUCCUUGGGCGACGUAGCCUUCAGUCCCGGGGCCUGCAUGAACUUGGAGAACUUCUGGCAACAUGCCGUGACAUUGCUGGAAGUAGUAGCUUUAAUCGAGACAGCAAGGCCACAGAUGACUCUCCACCGCCACCUUGCUGGGAUUUGACUGCUGAAGCAUUGCUCAAGGUUCAUGAGAACUUUGAGGCCGUAUGUGAAGUGUAUGGCCGCUGCAAAAGCACAGCGCCGCUUCUACAAGGCCUCAACAAGCAUCUUCUCAGCACACUAGCCUCCCUGCUAGCACCGUUGCGCCAAGCAGCACAGGAACUGGGAGGUGAUCGUUGGCCCACUCUUCAACAGGUACUGCCCUCCUACCUUCGCCUGGAGAAGCUCUUUACCUCCAAGGCUGGAGAGGCAGGUGCAGGCAGCAAGCUCUGCCACUAUUUUCUGGAAGCGCUAAAGGAAAACUUCAAGGUUGAGCGAGUCCACCAAGUGGCUAUGAUCCUGGACCCACAGCUCAAGCUCCGACCAGUCCCCGGAUACCAGCAUGAGGAGAUUAUCUCCAGGGUGUGCGACAUGGCUGCCAGCAUGAAGGAACCAGUGAGUGGAGGUCCAUCUGGGAUCUCUGGAGAUGAGAGGGAGACCGACGGGCCAGCCGGUCCCAAGCGAGGGCGCAUGGAUUCUGGGAUAGAGAGGCCAUCUUGCGCUGCUGAGGACCCACAGGUUCGGAAGGAACUGUUCCAGUACCUGGGUGAACCGCUCUUUCAAGCCACGGGGGAUCUCUUCCAGUACUGGAGCUCCGUCAUGGACAGAUAUCCCAAGUUGUCCCGGUUGGCUUUGUGGCUCCUGGCAGUGCCCGCCAUGGGUGUCCGCAGCGAAUGCAUCAGCAUCUGUGAGCAAACCUUCGCCCUAAAGAAGAAGCGGGAGGUCACAGCUGAGGAAAUGAACAAACUCGUCUUCCUCAAGUGCAAUUUUGCCUGAGGUAGAGCAAGGCCACCAGCCAGCACUACUGACUAUUUAUGAAAGACACUAACGUAUUUAGUAUCUAGGCGCUGGUCUAGGUUUACUUUGUAGCUUCUUUACGUCUUUGGUUAGAACUCUUAAUCUGGAGCGAAAACCUAUUCCUGGAUCAACGUCGAUGACCGACAUGCAGUUAAGGAGUUCUUUUUGUGGAUGACUGCUGUGGAGCAAUACGUUAUCGAGCAGAUAUCACCUACACACACCUCAAACCUCAACUUUCUACUGCCCUUGGUAACCUAGCAGCGAAAAAGAGAAGCCCUAAUACAUGGAUAUAAACUUGUCAAUGCUUGAAUCAUCUAAACCAAAACAUGGACACACUGUAUGCAUCAUCUUAUUUGCUUUCCUUUAUUUUCCUAAUCAAUUCCCCCCCUCCCCCCACCCAAAGUUAGGCUGCUAGACUCUUUGUCCUUGUCCUUUGUCCUUCACUUUUCCUGCCUGAAUUGUCCUUAUUCUUCCCCACCCCCCCGCGCAGCCAAAAGUUUAUUAAUCUCCUUUGCUUUUCUUGCUGUACAAAUGACCUCUUAGUUAUCAGGUCUUGAAAAUGAUUUCAGGUAUCCUAUGUGCAUUUCGUAUUUCAGUGUUUCUAAAUGAGAGUUCUUCACUGGGUGCUCACUUCCACUUGUUUGAUGAAAUAAUUUGGUGUUUUUAAUAUAUGCCUCUUAAAGUCUGGAUUUCUAAUGGUCUGUACUGAUAGAAGAUGCCGCAUAUUGCACAGUUAGAAUCUACAUAUGCAUGAGGAAUCAAAUAUUCAAAUUUUAUUCUAAAUGCGUCACUCUCGUCGCAGUCGGUGCAUUCAACCCCCUUCCGAGCACAGCAGGGUCUAACCUAUAGAGCUGAAGAUCAUAUACAUGAGUUCAUCACAACAAUUUCCAUGAUCUUGGCUGUGAGACUGUCUUUGAUGGACACAGAAUAGUUUAUAUUUAGAAACAGGUGUACCAUGCAAUCAUUUUUGCAACACUGGUACAGCCCAGCCCAAUGUGAUGGGGAACCUUCUACGCAAUUACAAAAUGGUUUACCUCGUACUAAAUUUACUUCCUGAUCUCGGACAGUCCAGAUAGGAGAUUCGGUGUGGUUUUUGGCAUCACGGCAUGUUCACGAUCAAAAUAACACAAGGCCAGUUUGAAAUCAUGUGAAGCUAUAUUCACAUGUAGAGAUCCCUUCAGAAAAAAUCAUAGCAUCUUAAAGGGUUCUUCAGUUUUUCCCCUUUGGGAGAACUCCUUAAGUUUUAUGCACGACCCUAAAAUAUAUGAUCCAUGUAGAACCAUUUUGGAAAACUGUAACCGUUACUUGGUGUAGAUUGUGGCAAAUGUUUGGACCCUUGAGCAAGACCUUUAACCCUGAAACUACUGUACUGGAUACUACUUUAGGUAAAUAAAUAAAUAAAUAAAUAAAACGUACAUUAAAACAGUUAGUUUUGAAUUGUUGUCCUGACUGUGUGUGGUGGUCUGGAAAACCUUGCAAAGGAUAAAAUUCUGAUCUCUAACUAACCACGAAAUCAAGUCGUACAUGAGCUGAUCGCCGACAAGGCACGUCACACCGAGUUGGCUAUAAUCCAUGUAUGAUGAGAUUGAGCAUAAUAACUGUUUUAUUCUAUCCACAUUCACUGGGUUUUAAGAAACGGAGAAUUUUUAUUCUGAUUUUUUUGCAAAUUCGAUAAAUAAAAACUUUAUACAAAAUGUCCAACAAAAUCAUUUCCGCUUAGAAUGAAACAAACCGGCGAAAUGACAGCAUUUUGUGAAAAAUGUGAUGAUAAUUCUUAAAAAAUAAAAAAAGAUGCGUUCUUACCAUCAAGUUCUUUUAUUCCAUAUUUUGUUGCUGCUUUUGUAUUUUUUGGGGUUUUUUCUUCUUCUUUAGGUUUUUUUUUUUUUGUGAUUGGCAAACCAACUUAAAGGUGCAUUACCGCCACCAACUGGGCUGGAGUGUGAAACAGAAGAUUGGGGGGGGAGAUUAUAUUCUUUUAGCUAUUUCUGUUUCUUUUAAAUGCUUAAUUUUUGGGGUUUUGUUUUCAAGUAGAGUUUUUAUUUCAUCCUCGGCUGGUUCAGCAACAUGCGCCACCAUUUUGUUUUUCUCUACUCAUGGUAUAUGAGCUGAUAUCCUAGUUGUAUGGUCAGCAAAGCGCGAUUGCUCAUAGCCAGUGAAUGUGGAUAGAAUAAUUUUUUUUUAUAAUUAGUUCUGAAAAGAGAAGGAGAAAAGGGUUUGGUUCUGUUUUGGAUGUACGCAUUUUGAAGUUUAGAUACCACCAAAAGCUAAAAGUAAUAAUUUGAUUUUAAAGGUUCCAUUCCAGCUGUGGUGCAGGAGCCUGAUCAACAUUUAAACAGCUGGUAUCCGAUUACACUCGGAAUUGUUGAAAUGCAUGGCCAUGUUUUUUCGACACACAUCGAUCAAGCAACCCAAAGCAUACAAUUCACUGUGUGAGGAAAUUAUUUAGCUAGCAAGGUUUUCGAGACUCUGUGUGUGUGUGUGUGUGUGUGUGUGUGUGUGUGUGUGUGUGUGUGUGUGUGUGUGGUGUUUUUGUUUUAUUUUAAUUUUUUUUUUUUAGCAGGCAGACUGUUUCCCAGCAUGUUUUAAUAAACGUGUUCUUUGCAGGCAGACACAAAGGUAUAGUCAGAAAGUAGACUAAAUAAACAAGAAAUGUCAUUUUGGUUAAAAGUUUGUUAUUGGCAAAACAGCAAUGGGGGGAAAAAUUUUGGUCAAAACAUGGUUAGGUCUCAGCCACAACAACAUCUGAGAAGGUUUUCCAGGACCACCAACGGAACUGGCACCGUUUGGUCACAAAAUGGCCGUCUAAACUGUUUAAAGAUCUUUUCUAGAGUUCCUAAUUGUUGAAAUUUUCUCACUGAGUCUUUAUAGCCAGGAAGUUGAAGGUCCUCUUAUUAAAAAUUCUAUCAGCAUUGGUGUGCACCAACGCACUCAUGCUUGUUUAGGAUAGAUUUGUAUUACUACUUUGCCAUUUAUGACGUCUUUUUGGGAUCCGGCUUUGUAACACCGUCGACAUCCCUGAAUGCAAACAGUUGGAAGAAGACGAACUUGUUUCAGUUCGGUUUGAACGGAGAGCAGCAGCUUUAGCUCUAAACGCAUCCUCCGUAUUUUAAAAAGUUAAUCGUUCUAUCUUUAAUGCACUGGAUUUUUAAAAACCAAAUGGGAAAAUAGGAUAAUUAGUUUCUAUAAUUAGUCAUCAUUCAAUGACAGAAUCGACGAUCUUAUGGAAAGAAGAAAAAAAAAACCUCCUUGUUUAUGGCCACGCCUGAUCAUUUCUCUGUCUUGUCCUAAAGUGUAGAGCUGUUCUGUUCUAAAGAUGUACAGACAUCAUGGAAGGAUGGGUGUUUGUGUUGCUUGGACAAAUUUGAGAUGAACUGGAUGAUGUUUAUUCUUGUUGUUGGUGGUGGUGGUGUUGUUGGUGUUUUUUUUUCUAUAGCCACAAGAGGGUGCCGUUAAGCUCCUGCUUCUGGUGGGAGUGGCCAAGCUCCUUACCUCCUUUUGUAUACACAACUUUGAUAAUAGAAUUCUUCAGAAAUCGGUACCGUUUUUUUUUGUUUGUUUGUUUGUUCGUUGUUUUGUUUUUAAUUUUCUGCUUGUAUGCAUCCAGGGGAGAACGCAUUUGUUUAGACUGCCAAGGAAGUAUCAGAUUGUUCUCAUCAGCAUAUUCACAUUUGCAAUAUUUAAAUAAAAACAAAUGUAUUCAUUUUCAGAACCCACUAUUUUUUUUUCCUUUCUGCUAAGUGCAAAAAGAAACAGAUGGUUGCUUUUUAGUUUGUUUUAUUUUAGUAGGUUUUUUUUAUGAUUGUGUAUGACUUGUUUGAACAGUAGGUCUAAUUUAUACUUUUUUAGCAGCACUAUUUUUAUAUCUAUAUAUAUGGUUAAUGAUAGAAGUUUAACUCAUUACUGAUUCUCAGUAGUACACCAAGCGCUGUGCAGCAUCCUCAGAAUCUAUCAUGUACUGUGUGAAAAUAAAACGUACGGAAACAGGAAA